UCUCGCGAUAGUUUGAAUCACAUGGCCGCCUUCAAUGUUUACAACUCGAAAUGAGUUGGUAAAUGAAAACAAAGUCCUGAAGUAGAAGGACGUUGCGUAGUGUUUUGUGCUACCCGCACUCCCUGGCAUUAGUUGAAACUCUGCUACCGUCGAACAGAAACGUGUGUAUAGCUGGUAACUGCAAGCAGAAACGAAGAACAAGCAAGCCACAACACAGCUGUUUAUUCUAGGAUAGUGGGUGCUGUGAUGUCCUCAACCCCCAGCAGACUCAAACACCCACACUGCAGGAAGAAGCACUACCCCAGUAGCACAUACCUCACUCACGUCUGACAGCCAAUUGUGUGACCCCGGAAGAGGACUUGAUAGAAUACUUUGAUACACAUAGAGAGAUGUCUGACUCCGCUGGAGGUGGUGGUGAAACUGGAGGGGUGACGGGCGCAGGGCAGGACUCGGAGGCGGAUAAUGAGCCCCCUCAACACACCUCACUUCUACCUGAAGAUGAUCACUUGGAGGUGGUAGGGACCUUAGAAGAAGGGGCACCUCCAGCUGCUAAGCGGCUGAGGAUGAGUGGGGAAGAACAGAUUCUGGAGCAGGUUCCUGAGCCACUCAAGGUGCAUGGAGAAACACCAGCACUGUCUGGCUUGCUACUUGAAGAGCCAGUCACACCAGAACAAAGGGAAACACCACAGUGUAAAGAAAAAGGUCAUGGAGGGGAAGAGGUGCCUGUCAUUCAGGGAGAUGAAGAAGAAUGUCAUGAGAAUGGAGAUGGAGGGCAUGAUACACCCUUACAAGAGGGGGAGGCAAAACCAGAGGAGGGGUGCAAUGCUAACGGAUCUGCAGACAGUCCCAGUGAAGGACAGCACCUUGGUUUGGAAUUUACCAAGAAUCCCCAGAUGCUGACUGGUUCAUGGACUGAGUACUCAACUUUCCCAGAGAAUUACUUGAAAGGCUGCAAAUGGGCCCCUGAUGGUUCCUGUAUCCUGACCAACAGUGCAGACAAUGUGCUUCGUGUGUACAACCUGCCUCCAGAGAUUUACAGCUAUAACUGGGACUUGCUACCAGAGAUGAGUCCAGUGCUGAGGAUGGCAGAGGGAGACACCAUCUACGAUUACUGCUGGUACCCCAAGAUGAACUCGCUGGAUCCAGAUACUUGCUUUCUUGCCAGCAGUAGCCGUGACAACCCAGUCCACUUAUGGGAUGCAUUUUAUGGCGAGGUGCGAGCCAGUUUCCGACCCUACAAUCACCUGGACGAGCUGACAGCCGCUCACUCCCUCUGCUUCUCACCUGACGGCACGCAGCUCUACUGCGGCUUUGACAAAACUGUCCGAGUCUUCUACACCGAUCGUCCAGGCCGAGACUGUGAGGAGCGUCCCACAGUAGUGAAGAAGCAGGGCCAAAGUGGCAUCAUCUCCUGCUUUGGCUUCAGCCCUUGCCAGUCUGUUUAUGCCUGUGGCUCUUACUCCCGCUGCGCUGGCCUCUACUCCUGCCAAGACGGCACCCCGCUGGCUCUGCUGCCCACCCGCCAUCACGGGGGCCUCACCCAUCUGCUCUUCUCCCCUGAUGGCUACUACCUGUACACCGGCGGGCGCAAGGAUCCAGAAAUCCUGUGUUGGGAUUUAAGAGAGCCGGGGAAGGUUGUGUUCUCACUCAAGAGGAAUGUUGCCACUAACCAGCGCAUCUACUUUGACCUGGACCUGUCAGGCAGGUACCUGCUAAGCGGUGACACAGAGGGAGUGGUGACAGUGUGGGACACCCAGACAGCUCCUCCUGAUGGUAAUGAAGCGCUACUGCAACCUCAGCUGAAGUUCCAGGCCCACUGGGACUGCACCAAUGGCAUCAGUGUUCAUCCUUUCAUGCCGCUGUUGGCCACCUCCAGUGGGCAGCGGCAGUUCCCGUGGCCCGGCGACAGCGAGGGUGAUUCGGCUUCUGACGGUGAGGGAGGUGAGGCUGUGAUGUCACCACAGGAGACGCGACAGGACAACACUCUGUCUCUGUGGUGGGCUGGACCACUCGGCCCUGCCACGGAGGAAAACCAGGAGGCAAGCACAGCAACGGUGGAGGCCUGAGGCUCUCUGAGUUCAACCAGCUGACACACAUUGAGCUGCACCUGCAUGAAGUCAGAAACACUGAUUACUGGGGUGGAAACAUGUUACAGGAUUCUUUUUUUAUUUUAAUCAGCUUAUUCAUGCAUUAGCACAUUUACACACAGUCCAGAUAAAUUGAAUCUUUAACUUGGCAAGUUUACAAGUAGGGCGGUUAUGAAAUUAAAAUAAAAGCAUUAUUUAACAGCACUCAACAUUUUUCCAUGUUUUGCUAAGACUAGUCGAUGAUAAAAGCACUGGGCCUUUAUUACCUAUUUUGUUAUUGAACCUGUGAGAACUUUUUUUUUAAGAAGAAAUAUAACAACUUUAUCCUUCUUUUUUUUAUGUGAGACAAAUUACAAUCUGGUUGGCUGAAAAUCUCAACCACGACGUGUCUACCCACCAAGCAAACCUUGAUUUUCAUAAAAGUGAUAAUUAAAGUGUGUGUGUGUGUGUGUGUGUGUGUGUGGCUGUGGCUGUAACGCUGCCCCAGAGAUUCUUAACUGCUAUCAAUCACAAGAAGUGCCAUUUGUUCUCGAGCUUUGCUUUUUGUAAACCGAUGGAAUCUUCUGUUUUUACCUUCUUCUUCGUGGACACACUUUGUCAUUGUGUCACUCUGUGCAUGCCCAUAAAAUGUAUAUUUUUGUAAAGCCAUGAUGUUAAUCCUAGUUUGUGAAUGUAGACCCUCAAAGCAGUCGGCUCCAUGACUGUAACCUCAGAACAUUCUGUGAAAGUCUUGAAUUAAUGGGUACACAUGGAAUAUGAGCCUUCUUCAGGAUGUACUCUGAUCACAUUUGAAACCCGUAUGAGUGAUGGUUUGCUUGAUUCUUGCGUUGCCAUCAGUGUGUUGUGCUUUGCUGUUUUUUGUUUUUUUUUGCAGGUUUUUCAACCAAAGCCUUAUAUUUUUAGAAAAACAGCAAAAUAUUAAUAUUGAACCCUCUGAUGGUUGGAGUCUCACUUCUUGGAAUUCAUAACUAGUGCCAAGCAAUUGUAGUUAGAAUCUGGGAGCUAUUAUUUCACACUAUAAUACCAAUUUAUGCUCUGCCAGGAAAUGUUAGGCCUUGAUGUCACUCAAGUCUUUAGAUAGACUCGCAAUGUCUGCAACAGGUGGUUUUAUUCAAGCUGGUGUGAAUUAAAAGCGCAUCUCAUCACCGA